CAUACAUUCAGUUGUACUUGAGAGUUGGAUUUGAUCAAAUGUGCUUCUUUUACGCGUUUCCAUCUCAUUUAACUACUUUUCUCUGUACCAACACACUCCAGACGCGCGCGCGGGGGUUAUUCAAUAUUGCUAUUGGGUAUGAGAAGAGAAUAUUUCGCGUAUGUGGUGUUUGAAGAAAAUUUGACCCAGAAUCUCGGAAGUGAAAUGAACAAAUAGAUUUCUUAUGAUGGUGCUUCUUUGAUAUUUCUCAUAUACAGUGGAGUCAGUGUGAGGAUUAAAUUAAGAUUCUCUUAUGUACAUACAUACUGGGAGUGUCGCCACAAGGAUUACCAAAACAAAAAUUGGAUAAAUUCAUCUCAUCCCUUCUUCAUACAACAAAUAUUUAGUGGAGAAAAUUGUGAAAAGUGGUGCAGAUUUUUUUUAAUUGUCCACCCUUUGUGCUUUAAAUGUUGUUUUAGUUUUAGAGAUAAAUUUUACAUAAAUUGGCAGAGAAUGCAUGAGAUUUAAAUCUCAUGCAGUGUAAUUUUUUUUUCAACCCAACUUUGCAAUUUUUAUGACGUACCACCAACAUGUAUAUUAUGUGAAUAUUUUAUGCAGAUGAAAUCAGAGAGACACGACAAAGUGGAUAGAAUUUAUUGCGCGGCUUUUUUCGGCGGGAUUCCUACACUCUUGAAGUAUAGAUGAGAAAAAAAAAUCACGGUGUGCAAAAUAAGAGAGAAUAAUAUUGAGUUUGCCCACUAACGCGUGAGGGAAGGAAAAAACAAGCAAAGAUGGAAAAAAAUGUUGUGUUGUGAUCUCGCGGAUCGGUGUAUAUUUCUAUUUUUAAUGACACACAAAAAAUUAUUUAAUUUUUUAUCAUCUCAAUGUGUCUAUGUGUGUGCUGAAGCAAACAAAAAAAAAUAACAACAUUAGUGCUUUGGGGCAAGAGUGGAGGAGCAAGAAGAGUUUUACAAUCAUCUCAAUGUGCUUCUUAUAAAAGUGAGAAGAAAGAAACUCGAGGAAGAUUUUUGUUACGUGAGAUCAACUUCUAAAUAUAAGACAACUUUGGAUGUGUCUGCCACUGCACAAGUCUCCAAUAAACUUUCGGUGCUGUACGGAGAUCAACUCUCAUGCCACACAAGCUAUGUGGAUCACGCACUUUUCUCUGCAUCGGCAGUGUCUCUAAAAGUGCUGCGGAUUUGAAUGAUGAAGUGCGGUGAGGAGUAAAUGAACGCAGAGGGGGUGCUCUUAAGUGUGAGAAGAAUAUGAAAUAAGUUAUUUACUUUGCAUUGCGCGAUCACCGUGGAUUUCAUACUCAAAGUGCGCGCGCGCGUACGCACACGGACGGAAAAGAGAGCGCACAAAAUAGGAUCAAAAAAAGAAAGAAAGGAGAAAAAAUAAAGGAAAAGAAAAGGCAGAGUUCGAUUGGACUUUGUGUAGCAGCGGCAACAUUUUGCUAAGACGUCAGGGUAUUUGAGUGCGCGAUUUUGGCCUCAGUGAGACACACAAAAUCCCCAUCUAUUUUCGGGUGUGUUGAAUGCAAAGGACAAAGUAAUAUAGAAAAUUUUCUUUUUUCGAGUGAAAGUGACAGUGUCUGGCACAGCAAAAGGCACUAAAUAAUCAUUUCCCCCCUGACUGGAACAAUCUGUGUGCUGGCUGUACUGUGUAGCUGCGGCUAUGCUGGCAAAGGCGUGAGACAUAUACAAUUUAACAGAAAUAUUUUACCCACAAAACCCAAAAAGAUUUCACGCGACAUCUCCAAGUGGCAGGACAAAGUGGAUUUUACAAAGUAUUUCCGCGAGACAAAAUGUGAUCAAGAGUGACUAAUAUAAUUUUUUUGUGUGUGUGGCAGCGGAAGAAGUUGAAAGGAAUAUUGUGGAUAAAAAUAUAUCUCACGAAGAAGAGCCCAGCAUUAAAUAAAAGGAGAAAAAACAAGUCGUGAAAGUAUAAGAAAAGUCUCAUAAGAAAGUGUCAAGAAGAAAAAAGUUUUUCAAAGCAAGAACUAUGAAUGAUCAAGAGGAGAAAUAUAUUUCUAACUUCUCGUGUGUUUGUGAUUGAUCACGCAAAAAUAAUAUUUCCCAUAUAAUUUGAAGAAAAAAAUAGAUAUAUCUAUUUUCGUGAAAAUUAAUGACGAUCGCCGAAGUGAGAGUGAAUUGUAAGAUCAGCGUAGUGUGUGUCUCACAAAUAUGAGCGGAUUUCACGCAAUAAUCGCAAAAUAACUAAAGAAUGUACGAGAAGAGCUUGAUGGAGUUUUUGAUGUUUUGUGUGGAGUGAUUUUAGUUUUUUUUUAAAUUUAAACAAAAAAUAAUAAUAAUUCUGUGUCAAUUUAAUUAUCUAAUAUAAUCAACGGCUUUGCCACAAAAACCACAAAAUCUGUCUCACUCACAGAAGACGGAGUUUAUUUGCCAAAUAAAAAAUUACAAAACUUAAGCGCCAAGCAUCUAAGCAAAGGAGGAAAGGUAUUUUUCAUAUAAACACAAGAUCAACUUAAGAAAAAAAACAAAGACACACAAAUCUCUCCCAAAGAAACACAAAUUAACGUUGUUGAUGCUUCUUUGAAAAAGGCUAAAUAAAAAAAAUCAUUGUGAUAACAUUCAAAUAUGGGAGUGAAGGAGUAAUAUAUAAACUAAUAAUCUGAUAAAUCUGUUGAUUAAUUUCUUUUCUCAUUUGAAUGAGUUGUGUAGACAAAACAAAUGGAGAAGGUGUGUGAAUGUUAAUUUUUUUUUCUCCCACAAAAAACCCUCAAAACAUUAUUUAUAUACAUAUGUAUUAAGGAAUUAAUUCAUUCUCCUAUAAUCACAAAAGUACAAAUCACUAAUCCGUAUCCAAAAAAAGAAGAAGUUUUAAAUUAAUAAUAGAAAAUGUAAAUUGGGAGGAAGGAAAAAAAAACUAAGCUUAUAGUGGAACAUAAAUAGUGGAAAAUUAGAUACUCAAAUCGCAUAAUUAAAUUAACAUAUCGAUACAUAGAGCAGAGAAAAAAAAACACCGACAAUUGAGAUUAUAAAACGCACAAUUGCACACACUGUAAGUAAUAUCUCAUUUUUGUAAUUUUAUUUCUUGCAAACUAAUUAACUUAUUAAUCUACUAUUCAUACGUUACAUUUUUAUGGAUCUUUUAUUAACUUUCCCUUAAUUGUGGCAUCGCAUUCUUCUUGUUAAUCUUUAUGGAAAUUCUUUGCGCAAAGAGUGCGAGAUGAUGUGGAAAGGAGUUGAUCUAAUGCUAUCGCUAAUUCAAUCAGAAAAUGCUCUCACAGAAAGGAGAGAUUCAGUUUUUUUUUAAAUACAGUGAAUGUCCAAUACAACGAGCGUCCUUAGUGGCUGUACGUUGUAUUGGUGCCUUAUACUGUAUAUUCUUAUCAUGAAAUUUUAUUUAAAUAAAUCUUCUUUUAAAAUCAAAAUUCUCGUCUAAAAUUCAUUUCUUUAAAUAUUAAAACGUUUUUUAAACAGACUGUACAAAUAAAAUGAAUCUCUCUUUUUCAACUCUGACCGCAUGUAAGAGCUUUUCAUGUAGAAUGCUUGCCUUUUGUGACACAAUUGCCUGCGUAGAAAAGCAUAAUCAAAAAUGAAUUGAAUGAAUAUGGAGUUUAAGAAUGAGCCAGAACAGAGAGAAUUGUCAGAAUUAGAUUUAAGCCAUUUGAUGUAUUAAAGGAAAUCCUACAAUGGAUCAAAAACUCAGAGAGUGCAAAGAGAUGAAAUUAAGUGGACGUGGAAUGCUCUAUUGUUGCCAUCCAAUUGCCAUUUCCUCGAGCAUAUUUUUGAGGUUUCUUCCAUCACAUGUUGAAGGACUAAAACCAGAAGAAUUUGCCUUUGAGAAUGGUUCUUUGAAAUGGAAAUUCAAUUAAAUGGCCAACACUAAAUCAAAGCUCUGUGAGUAAUUCAAAGGUUGAUUCAGUUAAGCGAUAAAAAAUAUAUUUCGUCACACAAAAUUAAUAUUUUCGUUUUUCGUAGAAAAUUAAAUUGAUAAAGAAUGGUCGUACAGGUGAUUUAAACAAAGCAAUUUGAAGUGCCUUUUUUUAUUUCUCUCGUGAGAAAUUGAUUAAGAUCGUAUGAUUGGGGUUUUAGUGUAAAUCCAAUUGCCCCUCAAAAUGCCUAACACACAUAAAACAAUUAAUCAAAAAUUUUCACGUGAAAAAAAAAACAAAGUAGAAAAAAAUUACCAAAUGUUAGGUAGUGCAAUUGGAGCAAAUAAAAAACACGUUUUGCUCGCUUGAAAAUAUAUUUUAUUGCACAUUAAAAGAUAUUACAUAGCUAUUCGAUUAACUAAAGUAGCUAUUUUUUUAUUCAUUGCAAAAAUUAAAGUGUUUCCAAUUAGUUUAGCAAAUUCCAAAUCAAUUUUUAAAUCUGAUUUUAUAUACAUUUUAUUGAGAAUUUUAAAACUUGAUCAUGAGGUGAAAAAAAUUAUGGGAGUUUUUUUUUUCGAAAGGAGUUUAUGCAUUUUGAUGGUUCUGUAUCAGAGAGCUUAUGCUUCAUGCAAAAUUUGAUCUUUAAAUUAAGAUAGAGGCGUGAUUUAAAUAUUUUCGAACAAUUUAAAAUAAUAAUUUAUUAAGAAGAAAUAAUUUGCGUUGCUACGUAGCAAUUAUUUGCCCCUUGAACUUGGGGAUGUAUUUCUCAGCAUUUAGCACAGCAGAUGAUCGCUUAGCAAAUCGUCAUUUUAAACUUUAUCAUUGCUGCAAUCGCAUCUUGCAUAAUUCGUUUUCCACAGUAGCCUGAUAAGUAUCAGUGAAUGCACUCACGUGAAACCAGCCGCAGCGUACAUAUUUGAGCGCGCAAUGUGAAUGCAGAAAUUCGCGAGAAUGGGGUUAAAUUAGCAAAAUUAGUCUUGGACAUUUUUAGCUAAAACCACCGCGAGUUUGAUGUGAACUCCUCAGCUGGUGAUUAGAGAGAGAAGUUUUCCACGCAGUAGUGUGGCAUCGUACCACAAAGUUAGUGAUCUUGUGAAAUCAUCUAUGGCGAGAUUUGUGUGCAUGUGCAGUGUGUGCAACAUUAUAAACUAUCCCGCUGCUUUUAUCUCGUCGUCUUAGAAAUAUAAUUAAUAAAAAAAAAUAAAAUUGAUUGUGUAUCAUCAAUGGGAAUGCCGCACACACAUAAUUGUUGAUAAAUUCACAAGAGUCGCUCUCUUCUCAAUAUAUACGACCUCUUCAUCAUCAUCAAGCACCACAACUUUUGCUCUAUUGCGACUACUACAUCGCAUUGAUUAAUGACGUGAAUAAAUUCCUCAAUGAGUAUGGCAACUACUGCUAAGCAGUCCUCGACAGUGCGGAGUCCAUCAGCAGCAACAGGAACUGGCGAAGGGCAGGAGGACAUAGCGACAAUUGCAAAGCAAAUCUCAGAUCAUGCGGAGGCGAUCUAUCAGACGUGGAAGGCUCGUGGUCUGGCUCCGACGGAGAUACUGAAUUGUCACACAGGUAGUGACGCAUUUGGGAAGACGCUAACGCCAUCCUCAUCGCCACAGCGUGUCGUCGGGAGGGAUUCACAGUCGCCGGUGGCCGAAUUGUUGGCACAAGCGCCGGAUAUGUCGAACAAUAAUUUAGAGAAGUUGGUCAAUUCGUUUGUCAGUGAGGACAAGGCGCGAAUAGCGGCCGCACGUAAAUCAUCAUCACCAUCCCCAAUAGCUGGUAUUGGCUCAAUAAAGCAUACAUUGCAGAAAUUUGAGAGUAACACUGGUGGUAGCAAUAGUGUGGUGAAGCCCAAAUUCACACGUACAACCAGCCCACAGCCGAGUGGUGGUGUAAAUGCCCUCAAUAAGAAUGUACCCGAUGUGCUGAUAGAUACAAUUGAGCAGAAUCUCGGGAAGCGUGAACGUGAAGCGAGCCCACAGAAGCCACAAACGCCAGCAAAGCCCGCCAAUUUGAUCAAUCACGUCUCCUCGUGGCCACUUAAGAAUCGCGUGGCAGUUGGAAAAAAUAGUAGUAGUGGUGGUGGUGGUGGUACAACAAGUGGUGUCAAUAGUGCGGGUGUAACGAGGGUGGAAGAUGAGAUACCCACAUCGACGGCAGCGGCACUCGUGAGGAAGCAGCAGGAGAAGCAGCAGCUGGAGAAGAAGGAGCAGAGGAAGGAGCAGGAGGCAAAGAAGAAGACGGCUGAUCUUAUGGAUGAGGUGACACGCGAAGAGGAGCGCCUCAUAAACGCCCUCAAGACUGGAACUGUUCUCAAUAGUGAAAAGAGUCUUCCUGAAGUGAUCACAUCGACACUCAAUCAAGAUGUUACAGAUACCACGGAAAAUUCCACCGGGGAUCUACAACAGUGGAAUAAUUCCGAUGUAUCUGGGCAUCCACCCCUUGAUGCCUCUCAUGCCAAAGUGUGGAAUAAUAUGGGUGAUGCAGAUGGGAAGCCAACCCUUCCGCAUCUCAAUAAUAAUAAUAAUAACAAUGUGAUUGCAAAUAAGGAGAAGGAGGAUACUCCGGCUCCUGUGAAAAUUUUCAAACCGCGUACCCUUCGUACCACGGAAGCAGCUGUCCUGCCACAUCAUCCACCUGAUACGCAGGUGAAGAAGGACAAGACAGCGAAUCCCGUUAGGCCAUUUCUCACACGAGGAUCAGUUGCUGAGCGUGUGCUGAUCUUCGAACGGUGUCCAUCGAAGGCGCCACCCCGCAAUGCCCUCAAGGAGCCAUCGAAGCUUCAGACGAAAACACCACUCCCAAAACCACAGCAAAAUCACACAACCCUUCAGAGGCAUAUCAAAGGAUCACUACGGAGUGUCUAUAUUCCAAGAUUUCAUUUUCCAAAUGGCAAACCAGCUCCUCAAAUAAGUAUCGAAACAGCAACGCAACGUAUAGCAUCGUGCGUUGCACAGUACCCCAAUUCACAGAUUCAUCGUGAUGAAUUUCAUCAGAUUGUAUCUGUUUGUGGUUUUCCUGUUUACUGGAGAGCACCCCUCUUCAAUUGUACCCAACAUACACCGAGUGGAUGCGUCGAUGGCCAUAGUUUUGUUGAUUUCUGGAAGAGGAUGUCGCUUAAUUGCCACGAUCUCCCAUCGAAGUUCGUCUACAUCCUGUCAAAGGGUAAUCGUUCACGGCCAUAUAUUCUGCCCGAGGAUUUAGCCCCAUUGGUGCAGGAUGUCGUGGAUACACAUCCUGGCCUUGCAUUCCUCAAGGAAGCCCAAGAAUUUCAUUCACGCUACGUGCACACGGUGAUUGCGAGGAUAUUCUACAGCGUCAACCGCAGCUGGUCAGGAAGGAUAACAGUGUCCGAAUUGCGACGUAGCAAUAUCCUGCAGGUGAUCCAGCUGCUCGAGGAGGAAGAGGAUAUCAAUCAAAUUAUGGCAUACUUUAGCUAUGAGCAUUUCUAUGUGAUCUACUGUAAAUUCUGGGAACUCGAUCGUGAUCAUGAUUUGCUCAUUGAUCAAAAUGAUCUUGCACGACAUAAUGAUCAUGCGCUGUCGUUGCGUAUGAUUGAGCGAAUCUUCUCGGGGUGUGUGACACGUGGGGGUGUAAAGAAUCACAAUAUGGGUCCAAAUGGUCCUCGGAUAACCUACACGGAUUUUGUGUGGUUCCUCCUUUCUGAAGAGGACAAAUCCAAUCCUACGGCCAUUGAGUACUGGUUCAGGUGUAUGGAUCUCGAUGGUGAUGGUAUACUCUCCAUGUAUGAAUUGGAAUAUUUCUAUGAGGAGCAACAGCAGCGAAUGGAGUCAAUUGGCAUUGAGACGCUACCCUUUGAAGAUUGCAUUUGUCAGAUGCUGGACAUGAUAAAGCCCGUUCGUCCGGGAUGCAUAACACUGGGUGAUCUUAAGAGAUGCAAAAUGACUCCAAUCUUCUUCGAUACGUUCUUCAAUCUCGAGAAGUAUCUCGAACAUGAACAGAGAGAUCCAUUUGCCACAUCCCGCGACAAUGACGAUAUGUCUGACUGGGAUCGCUAUGCUGCCCAGGAGUAUGAAUUGCUUGUUGCGGAAGAGGGUGGUGGUGAUACACAAGGGGAGGAAUUAAGUGGUUACGAAAGGCUCGUACGAUGAAGAAGACGAAUAUGAAUCAAAUAUUGACAUCUUGGAGUCCCAACUUGAAGACUGCAUGAGCAACAUGAUCAAUGAGUGGUAGUAAAAAGUGUCCAACAGAAUGAACAAGAAGCAGAAUAUUUUCUAACAAAAAAAAAACAUCAUUUCGAGAGAGAGAAAAUGAGAUAAGAAAUUCUGUAGUGUCUUUGGCAUAUUAAUUAAAUAAUAAUUAAUAUAUGAUAUUCAAUUGAAAGUAAGUAAUAAACCUUUUAAAAUUAUAUAUUAGAUAUUAGUAGAUUGUAGUGGAAAUGAAAGAAAAAAAAAUGAUAUUCUUGUAUUUUGAGAAUAUAAAAAUAAUAAAUAAUAAUGUAUAUUGCAUUUAGUUAUAUGAAUGCUUCUCCACGUAUAUAAAGUACAUACUAUCUACCUAGCGGAAAAAAUAAUGAAAAUUUGCUGAGAAAAAUUUGAAGAAAAAUCGUGUAAAAAAAUUAAUCGUGAAGAAAAAAACAUUUGAUAUUGCGAAUUUAGGGAGUUUUAAGGACAUACUGCAAAGUGCACGAAUUGAUGAAGAUAAAAUUGAUCGAAAAUAAGGAAAGAUUCUUUUUUAUAAUUUGAAAAAAUUAAAUAUUACGAUGAAGAUAAAUUAAGAAUAUUAUAGUGUGUGAUAAAAUUAAUAUUUUACAAAAUUUCUUUGAAACUUUAGUUCUCCACAAAGACGCCCUGCGAGGUAAAAAAAUACAAAUAAAAAUGCUCAGUUUUAGAGAUAUUUUGGCAAAGAAAAAUAAUAAUUUUUAAACGAACCAAAAUAAUAUUGGUGCUAAGUUUUUUUCUUAAAUAGAAAGUUAAAAAAAAGUCUUUCAAUAAUUCUUUUAAUUUGUAGAGAACCGCGAAAAUUGAGCUCAAUUUUUUUCAACAAAUAAAAAACCAAUGAAGAAUGACUUCUUUUAACAUCUUCAAUUGUAUAAAAAAAUUUCCAAAUCUUUCUUAAUUUUGGUAUAAAAGAAAAUUUAAUUUCUUAGUCCUUUAAAAUCGAAAAAUUAUCAUUUUGACGAUACAACGCGUUUACCGGCUAGUGUGGGGCAAGAAAAAAGAAUAAAUUUAGAAAAUAAUUUUGUGAGGAAAUUAAGGAAAUUCACGAAAAGCAACGGAAAAACUUUAUGUAGGACCUUUUUGCUAAGUAUACGUGAGUGUGUGAAACUUAUAGAGGAAGAAAAACCUAGACUAAAAAAAUCAUACAUAAAAAUCAGCAUUGAGAAGUAUUAUCUUGAUUAUAAAAUUUAAAAAAAGAAAAAUAUCCUUUAAUUUUCCGUCUAUUUAAAAGAACAAGUUUUGCAUAAAUUGAACAAAAAUCACAAGUCUUCUGAAAAUGAAAAAUAAAUAAAGAGAAUAAAAUUGAAGAGAAAAAUGUGAAAUUGAAUAAAGGAAUCGCUCGGAAGGAUUUGAAUGAAGGAUAAUAAUUUUUUUUUUAUAAAAUAGAAAAAUCAAUCAUCAAUAGGUGGAUUCCAUUGUAGAGAUAUCUGGUCAGGAAAAGCUAAUAAGAAAAAAAUAGAAAUAGAUGAUUCAAUAUUUAACAAUAAUUCUGAUAAAUUUAAACAAAAAUAUAUCACUUUUUAUAAACAAGAAAAAAAAACCUACAUAUACUGUGAAAUAUUUUUGAGAUAACAAAACAUGGGAAGGAGACAAAAUGUAUGGAGAAAGUAAAGGGAUAAGAGAAAGCAGCAAAGUGGAGGAUAGAAUGAUAUGAAAAAAAAAAAGAAAAUGAGAAAAAUUUACAAAAUACACCAAAACUAAUUAACUCUAGUUAUUUGCAACUAUAAUCUAGUCCUAUUGUGCUAAUAAAAUAAAUUAUAUAAAGAAAACCUCUUAAGAAAUAAAAUAAAAAGAAAAAUCGAUAUAAAUAGAAGGAAAAACCGAAUGGGGAAAUAGGUGAAAAUCACAAUUUUUCAUUAACUCAUGAACCUUUAAUUUCUUUUUACAAAAAAUAACUUUAAAAUAAAGAAAACUUUUUAUUUAAUUUAUUUAUAGGUGUACAGAUGAGAAAGUUAUUUUAAAGAAAGAAAAAUCUUUUUGCAGUGCGAAAUAAUUUUGUAAUAUUAUUUUUCUUUCUUAUUUUAAUGAAUUAAGUGACAUUAGAUAUUUUUUCUAUCACGUGUGUUAAAUGAUUAUUAAAAAAGAAAACAAUUUAAACAUACAGAAUCAGAAAAAAUAUGAGUGGAAUUCAAGAAAUAUCUCUGAAGAAGAAAAAAAUAUCUCUCACAAAUUGAGAAAAAAAAAUACAACAUAACGUUAAAGUUAUUGUUUUUUUUUGUUUUAAUUCUUAAUUUUAAAUUAAAUUAAUAAAUUUUUUAGCAAAAAGCGUUUUCUUUUUCGUACAAAGAAAGCAAACAAGGAGCUUGAAUCUUCAACUUGUGCUAUUUAAUGGUUUUUAUAUAUAAUUUAUUGUAAAGAAAAGGAAUAUUUGACAAAGAUUUAUUAUUACAAAAUAAAUAUUUUAUUGCAAGAGAAGAGAUGAAUUUUGUCCUCCCAUCUUUUAUGUAAAUUAAAAUAAUACCUAAUAUAUUAUUUUCAAUUAAAACGGGAAGCGAUGAAAAAAAAGGAAAGAAAAGCUAUUAUUAUUAUUAUUAUUGCAAAAACAACUAUACAGAGAGAAUCUAAUAAUUAUAAAUUAUUAAUGUUACAAUUCUAUAUCCUUUUUUUUAAUUUUAGUUAGACCAACUGUUGAACAAAUUUUUGUAGAUUGUAUAAAAUUUAUUUCCUAAUAUAUGUUGAAUGAAGAAAAACAAGAAAAAAUAUACUCAAUAAGAAAAUUCUUAUUCAAUUUCUGCGUGUAAUGAAAAAGAAGAAAUGAGAAGGGAAAAAGAACAAAUCCCGCAAAAAACAAAAUAGAAAAACUCUCUUUGGAAAAGAAAGAAUUUUACUUAAGAAAAUGCGUGGGAGGGAGAUCCAGGAAUUUGUAAUACUGAUUAAAUAAAAAUUUUGUGUUAGGUGAAAACAUAAUAAAGAAAAGAAGAAAAUAAAUUGACUUGAAGAUGAA